AUGAUGAAUAAAAUUACCCGAUAUUUAAAGAAAAUAGAUGGCGAUAUUAAACCAGCACCAAAAGUUGACAAUAGAUGCCUUGUCUGCUUAGAAUCAAUUGACGAGUGAUCACGAUGCACCCUAAACGACUGUGGUCACGAUCAAUUUUGCUACACUUGUAUAAGUCGCUGAUCAGAAAUUACAAAUAAAUGUCCUCUUUGCAAUAAAAGAUUUUAUUAUUACUCAAGCGUUGGAUCUUCAGAAUUAGCAUACAUUGGCCAAGAUAGAGACCAGCCAAAUACCUUAGACGAAGAAAUCUAUCGGGAUAUUAUCUGUCAGGUAUGCCGCCUUUCUACAGGAGAAGAAACUAUGUUGCUUUGUGAUGCAUGCGAUAAUGGGUAUCACACUGAUUGUAUAAAUUUAAAGCAUAUUCCUAUUUUAGAAGAAUGGUUUUGUGAAAAAUGCAUUAAAAAGAAGUCCAAAGCUAAGCAAAAGAAGCAGCAUGAAGAAAUGCAAAAGGCAGCCAAAGAUGGAAUAAAAUUUGAGGAUUAUUCUACUUGUAAAAAGAGAAAAGCACGCAAGAAAAAAGCAGGAAAGAAAAAAGUAAAAAAAGCAGAGGUUGUAAAAAACGACGAUUUAUUAAGCGAAGUUGCUUGCAGUAUAAUAAAGAUAGCCCAGAAAAAAGAAAUAAAAGUCGAUGAUGCAGAAAAAGAUGGCGAUUUAUUAAAAGAAGCAAUUCGCAGCAAGAAAAAGGUAGCUCAGAAAAAAGAAACAAAAGCAGAUGCUGAAGAAAAAGAUAGUGAGUUAUUAAAAGAAGCCAUUUGUAGCAAGAAAAAGGUUGCUAACUCCCGCCACCCAUGAGCGAACAAAAAAAUCUUGUUCGCUCAAGGAGGGGGGUUAAUUUUUUUGUUAAAAAAAAAUUUUUUCGAAAUUUAAAAACAUUCUAAUUCGCAAAAAUUGGAAAGCAAAUAUUUAUUUAAUUUGUAAAAUUUAUGUUUUAAACGCAAUUUGUUUAAAAUUAAACAGAAUUAGCUCGAGAUUUCAUGAUAAUAAUUAUCACUUAUAUAUAAAUUUUUUCUAUAAAAAAAUUUUCUAUUAAAAAAAUUUUUGUUAGCUGACAGAGGGUGGUUUUUGGUAGGGAUUUUUCUAAUGGUUUUGUUCGCUCACGGAGGGGGAGUAAGAAAAAAGAGGUAAAAACAGAAGAUACAGAAAAAAAUGAUGAUUUAUUAAAAGAUGCAAUAUGUAAGAAGAGGAAGAUAGGUAAGAGAAAAGAAAUAAAAAUAGAAGUGAUGGUAGAAAAGUUCAAGAGAUCUGCACGAGCUAAAAACAAUGAGUCAGCACAAGCAGCUUGGAACGAACAGUACGUAUUUUAUUAA